AUGGCAGCAGAACAGACUCCAGCAGCUUCUGUCAUCGACAGGGCCAUCAAGAUAAGGAAGGAGAUUGAAGCCCGGAAAGUGGUCUUGGCCUGGGGAUUCCUUAAUGUGUCCCUUGCAGGCAUGAUAUAUACUGAAAUGUCUGGAAAACUCAUAAGUUCAUAUUACAACAUCACAUACUGGCCACUCUGGUAUAUUGAACUUGUACUUGCAUCUCUAUUCAGCCUGAAUGCCUUAUUUGAUUUCUGGAUGUACUUCAAAUAUACGGUGGCACCGACCAGCUUGGUCAUGAGUCCUCGCCAGCAGAACCUGCUGGGGCUGCAGAAUGCAGCGGUACAAACAACUCCACCGCGUGAGCUGGCAGCAAAGAAAGCCCCGUCUUUGACACCUUCUCCUCCCCUCCGGGGCCAGAGUGUCCUGAGUUACAGUCCGUCCCGCUCCCCUAGCGCCAGUCCAAAGUUUACUACCGGUUGUAUCCCAGGGUACAGCCCUCAACUACAGGCUCUGUCAAGCACCAGCGCUUCUUACGGCAGUGCUGGAACCUAUUCACCAGGCAGCAGCUACAGUAAGGUUUCCAGCUUCAGCUCCUCUCCCAGCGGGUCACCGUACCCCUCUAGCGUUGGGCCAGUGGAAAGCAGCAGUUUAAGGUCUCGUUACCGCUCUUCCCCCAUUCUGUAUAAUUCUCCUACGGGUGAAGAGGAUUAUAUGACAGACCUCAAGGCACUGCACACCUUCCUUCGGAACGAAGAACAGAAGCAGCAGAGAGUCCAACUAGGAAGUUCAGAUUCCAGCUCUCCUUCCACCAGCCCAACUUUCUGGAGCUACAGCCGUUCCAUCGCUGACUGUGCACAGGUACUGAGAAAGUUCCAGUACCAGCUGGCCUGCAGGUCCCAGGCUCCAUCAGCACACAAGGAUGAAGCUGAUCUGAGCUCAAAACAGGCUGCAGAAGAGGUUUGGGCGCGAGUGACGAUGAACCGGCAGCUCCUUGAUCACAUGGAUUCCUGGACUGCCAAGUUCAGAAAUUGGAUUAAUGAGACUAUUCUAGUGCCACUUGUCCAAGAGAUCGAGUCUGUGAGCACUCAGCUGCGAAGAAUGGGGUGUCCGGAGUUGCAGAUCGGAGAAGCCAGCAUCAGCAGUCUGAAGCAGGCAGCGCUCGUUAAAGCUCCGCUCAUUCCAACCCUCAACGUGCUUGUGCAGUAUCUGGAUCUUACCCCAAACCAGGAGUAUUUGGUUGAGAGGAUCAAAGAGCUUUCUCAGGGAGGAUGCAUGAGUUCCUUCCGAUGGAACAGAGGAGGGGAAUUCAAAGGCCGCAAGUGGUACACGGACCUGCCCACCGACUCCUCUAUCAUCAUGCACGUGUUUUGUACUUACCUUGACUCCAGGCUGCCGCCUCACCCCAAAUAUCCUGACGGCAAAACCUUCACGUCUCAACACUUCAUUCAGACACCAGAUAAACCAGACACUUCCAAUGAAAAUGUAUUUUGCAUUUACCAGAGCAGCAUCAACCCACCUCACUAUGAGCUGAUAUACCAGCGCCACGUCUACAGCCUGCCCCAGGUACGGUGGUGGGAGCAGUGUCCUCCGCCUGUCAGGAAACCUGAUUUGGGUUGGAUUUGGGAUGAUUUUUUUUUUUCCAAUUCUAGCCACAUUUAUUGACUGUUGACACUUCGGCUGGCUCAAGUGCAGGCAGUAAACCUUAGCUUGGCCUUUGACCAUGAUGUUAUAAUUAAUCUGCUCCAAAAUAGUAGUUUUAGUGUCUGUUUAAGAUUCAUACGUACCUAGGUAGUAGGUUCCUCUUGUUUAUUUU